GGUCAUGGGUGUGCACUCCCACACCCGCAAACACUUAUGUAGUGCUUGCCAUAUAUCAGGCGCAGUUCUGGGUCUGGUAUCUGUCCUGACUCAUUGAAUCCUCAUAUAACUCUAUGAGGCCGGUACUGAGCACAGAGAAGAGAAGUACGAUGCCCCAAACUACAUAGCUAGUAGGUGGUGGAGCCUGGAUUCAAACCUUAGCGGUUGGGUUUCCAAGGUCAUGCUCCUAACCUUUACGCUCUGCUGCCUCCAAGCACAGACUUACAUAUUAAUCAGCGAUUAUUUAUUAAACUGCCAUCGUGUUCCUGGCACCGUGCUAAGUGAUACCACCGCUUCACAGACACAUAGCCAUAAGAUACAGUCUUACCUGUAUGUCUGAGUUUCUUAAGUACAAGUAGCCACACAAACGUAGUUACGUAGUCAUAGAUGUAUGUUACAAAGUCACAAGAGACACACACGCAAAGACGCGUGCCUUGCUCAGUCACAUAAAUAGUGUGCUUACUUGCUCAGGUGAGCCACCCCUACUGCCAGGAAAGCACAAUACACUCAUUCACAUUGUACAUGGUCACAAAUAAAACCAGUCAUGCACAUCACACAUACACAGUCCUGUGGGUACCGAUGCACAGACCCAGAUCAGAGAAGCACAGUUACACACGUGCACACACAGUGGUCACAAAAACAUGUCGCAUAUGUGUACACACAUACCUCAUGAAGCCACAUUCACACACACCUUAACAGCUACAUCCUGAUAAAUAUACUUUCUCAGAUGCUUAGUGACAGAAUCCAAGUUGUCCUCGUUCUGGUGGGUGACCUACUUUGUCACGUACAGCGCACCCAGACCCCACAUCACAGAGGAGCCAGCAAGACCUCUUCACUUCGUGGCAUCAGUCCAGACACCAGCUGGUUUUGUUUUAAAAUCUCUUCCUGCUUAUUUUGCUCAGAGUAACAACUCUCCCAAGAAACCUUCAAAUAGGCAGCUGGAUGGGGGUGGUGAGGGGGCGGGGGCGCCAGAGGAUCCAGGGAGAAUGCUCAUCAAGACUCCCAGUUGGGGCUGGGCAUGGAGGACUUUUCCAAGCCUUAAAAUAGAUUUUUACAAAACCCUCCACAGGAGCAUGUGGGAUGGUCUUUUCCAGCAACCAAGCUGUGGUGUGGUUUCUGGCUCAGGGAAAUGCUAGAUGAGGAGAGGGCUUGAGGCUAUCAGUACCCCGGGGUGGGCAUGGCCUCUGUGAAUACGUAGUGUAGGCAUGGCACUAGGGAGUCAGGGAGAUGGGGAUCUGGGGAUACAGGAGUUGGGCUGGGACAGGACCAAGGGGUGGGAUUAAGGAUGGGGAUUAAGAUUAGGCUGUCAAGCAGGUGUUGGACCCCAUGAGUGGCUUCAGGAGACCAAGCCCUGCUGAUCUCUGGCUGAUUCAGCCUCAGACCCAAAGGCUUCUUCAGGCCCCAAGUGAUUUAGAGGGACAGUCUUCCAAGGCCAGGGCAGGGGUCUGAGUCACUGGGAGAUAUUUCAGUGAUCUGCCUGGGACUGUCCACCUACCUAGACUUCAUAGUCAGCAGGCGGGGAUUGGAGCAGACACCAGAAGACCUCCAGCCUUGAGGGGAGAUGAAUGAUGAUGGGGCUUCUGGAUCACUUGUCUCUGUGGUAUGCAAGGGCAUGGCUGAAGGCCUGGGGCCUGAGCCAGCAGAGUGGCCCAGAUGCCCUUCCAACUUAAGGUCUCUCUGAAUCAUCCAAUGGCUGAAUGUCAGAGCAGGAAGGGCCCCUUGAGACCGUCUAGUCCAAUCUGCUGAUCUUAUCGAUGAGGUAUACGAGUCUGGAGAGGAGAAGGCACUCUCCUGGAGAACAACUUCAAGUUGGCCUUCAGGGCCACACCCUGUCAUUUACUAGCUGGGUGACUCAGGCAAGGUACUUCACCUCUCUGAACCUGCUUCCUCGUUUGCAGAGUAAGGACAAUAAUACGUUCCUUGCAGAGUUGUCCAGGGGAUUAAAUGAGACAGGAUAUGCAAAGGCACCCAGCCUUGUGCCUGGUGCACAGUAGACACUUGGUAAAUUAUUGGUGUCCUUAAUAUUACCCAUGGUCGUAUGGUAGGUCCAAAAAAGAAGUGAGUUCUCUGGCCUCCACAGCUCUGCCCCUUGCUCAUAGCAUACUCCUCUCCCAUCUAUAAUUCCUUGUCCUCAUUUUUUUUCUCCCAGGCCUUGAGGUUGCCAGUGUCCCAGCUUGGAGCCCCAUCCUGGGUGGAAGGGUCUGGCCCCAGAGGGAUAUAUAGGGCUGACUCACUGUGGGCACUGGUCCUGGAAACCCUGUUCUGGGAAAAGAUCCUACCUAGCAGGGUGCCCCUGCUGCAUCUGGGUGGGAUGGCUCUGUUCCCUGCAUGGCUAGAAUGUGCAAAGUGGGGAGGAACUCCUCUCUCACACUAAUCUUCUGGGAUCUGGGUCUCUUCCCAGGGGCCUCCUUCCUCCCAGUUUAUUUGUACCCUGCAUUGGCUUGAGCCCUGCAUAUCUCCUCCUCUUGGUUUCAAAGCCUCUACCCUAGUUCAGGCCCCAUGAUACCUAGCCUGGACUAUUGCACCAGCCUCCUCUCUAGUUCCCUUGCCUCCUGUCUGCCCCUUCCAGUUUAAUCCUCACGUUGUCCUACAGAGGCCCUCCAAAAACUCACCCUGAAACUUUAGAGGACUAGUCCUGGCUCUGUAACUCCCCAUGGGAUCUUGGGACAGUCGCUUUCCCACUGGGCCUCAGUUUCCUCUUCUGUAAAAUGGAGCUGAAGAGACUCUCUCCACGUUUCCUUCUAGAUCUAACAUUCUCUAAGUUGUGGGAGCAUUUAGGAGGGUGGGUCAGAGCUUUGGGGUCCUAGGACACAGGUGCGUUCUGGCCCGGCCUUAGACUGAGUCCACACAGGGCCAUCGUGGGCUAUCCUGGCCCCUUCCUAAAUGGGGCUUCUUUUUUCAGUACCAAGGACAGUGGCUCUUCGCGCCUUGGCUCUGGGUCAGGGUGGCGAGAGGGCUCAGGAUUAUUCCAGGAGGUGCCACGGGGAGUACUGCUGGAGGCUGCGACUCCCUCUCUCUUAUAUGUGCUGGGACAGAUGGGAUGGUUCCUGGAGUCCUUCGGUCUCCACAGAAUUACUGCAAGCAGCUUGGUCCAGUUCUCUAGAGAGAGAAACCACAUAGAGUUACUCCCCAAAUCAACAGGGCUCAGAGACUGGACAGGUGUGAAGCCAGCAGAGGAAUGUUCUCUGAGGUUGCAAGACAUUUCUCCUAGAAGACAUGGAACAUAAUCUCUGCUGAAUCACAUCUCAAACCAAUGUGGAGUUGGUGGAGAGGAGUGAAAAGUCGCACGUCAGUCGACUGGGAGGCAGUAGGCGUGGGGUCUAGCCUCAGCUCUGUGGGCGCCUGGACCUCAGGCUCCCCAUCUGUGAAAUGGCAGGGGUGGGGAACUAACUGAGGUCUCUCUAACAUUUCAGAAUUCUGUGACUCCUCUACCCACAGGCUCACAGUGGGUUGGGCAGGUCAAAGAAGGUAAAUUUUCUCCCAAAUGGGUCAAAUCUUCCCCAAGGUCUGGAAGAGGUGGGGCUGGAGUCAUGAAGCAGUUAGCUGUGGCUUCAGCUUGUGUUGUAUGUUGUAGGGGGAGAUUCGAGGGGAGGGAGGCUGAAGGGCAGCCCCCACAGACCCAUCUGUCUUCUAACUGGGUUAGAGGGGAUGUGGCAGUUAGGAGCCAGGGACAGGGUGAGUCCCCCCACACCCACCAUUAUUGCUCAGGCCUCUGUGUGUGGUAGGUCACAAACCAUUUGUGGGUUUGCACCAAUGUGUGUGAGUAGACGGGUUCAACUCCAAGUGUUAUGGUGUGAAGGUCACAUGUAUGUGGCAGAGUAAAUCGUGUGUACGUAUGACUAAGACCCGGUAGGACCAUUUGUGACUAUGUGACUGUUGUAUGCACGUACACAUGAACAUGACCUUGUAUGUGAAAUCAGUGUAUUCAUAUAUGUGAUUGUUGGCACUCGUGUAUGUCUACUUAUGCCUGUGUGAAAGAAAUAGCAAACUAAUGUGACUGUGUAUGUGUGUGAGAGAGAGACAGACAGACAGACAGACAGAUUGAUGGUCUCAUUGACUCCUGGAUAGCUAGCUAUUCUAAUAUCUCAGAAGCUGGGAUGGUUUCAGAGAAGACAUUCUUCCUCACCACCCGACCGGUCCCAGUCCCCAUCCUGUCCACUAGUGAUGCUAGUCUUCUCAGCCUUCCCCCACCCCCAGAGGGACUUCCUGAAAGAUAAGUGGGACAAAGCAGGAGGAAGAAAGUCCCCCUUUUCCCAGGCUGGGGUCUUGAACAUCCCCUCUCUGAUCCACCAUUGGAUGUGGGUGGGAGAUGGGGUUGCUGGGGUAACCAGCUCUCCCCUCCCCACUGCUUUCAGGGGCGAUGCUGCCUGCCCUACCCCUGGCCUCUCCCCAUCCCUGCAGGCACCACUCUUAAUUUGUCUGGGCCUCUAACCAGUGAUGGCAAAUGGCUCCUUUGGUAUAGUCCCUAUCUGAGUGCCACUUCCCUCCCCAUCAAGCUCCCCAGGCAGCCAAGCUUCAGCAACGGAGGUGCCUGCCAACCCUCAACCUGUCUUCUGCUGCCUCCCUGCCCCGCCCAGGAGGAGAGGGUGUCUAGAGGGACCACACUGCAAUGCUGAGAAGGUUGCCAUGGAAACCCAGGCAGGAUGAAGGGGCCACCAAGAAGCUGCGCAGUAACAUCCGGCGGAGCACAGAAACGGGCAUCGCUGUGGAGAUGCGGAGUCGUGUCACGCGCCAGGGCAGCCGGGAGUCCACUGAUGGGAGCACCAACAGCAACAGCUCCGAUGGCACGUUCAUCUUCCCCACCACCCGGCUUGGGGCCGAAAGCCAGUUCAGCGAUUUCCUGGAUGGGCUGGGACCCGCCCAGAUUGUGGGGCGACAGACGCUGGCAACACCACCGAUGGGGGACGUGCACAUUGCCAUCAUGGACCGGAGUGGCCAGUUGGAGGUGGAAGUGAUUGAGGCUCGGGGCCUGACCCCCAAACCUGGCUCUAAAUCCCUCCCAGCCACCUAUAUCAAGGUUUACCUGCUCGAGAAUGGGGCCUGCUUGGCCAAGAAGAAGACAAAAGUGGCCAAGAAGACCUGUGACCCCGUGUACCAGCAGGCUCUGCUCUUUGACGAGGGGCCUCAGGGCAAGGUGCUGCAGGUGAUUGUCUGGGGAGACUACGGCCGCAUGGACCACAAGUGCUUCAUGGGCAUGGCCCAGAUCAUGCUGGACGAGCUGGACCUGAGUGCAGCGGUCGCCGGCUGCAUAUUUCCAAACUUCUCGUGGCUCCUGGGUGGCAGGUGGACAGCUGAGAAGGACUGCCGGCUGUUUCGUACAACGUUCUUGCCAAUUCCCUUGAGGAGAAAAUUCUUCACGUGGCUUCUGCAUGUACAGUAUUUGAGCAGCAAAAAAUGAUUAAAGUCAGUUUGAAAAUGA